AUGCGGUCGCUGUCCGUCCCUUUCCGAGGCGUGGACAGCCGCUUCUGCCAACAGUGCGGCCGCUUCCAGGAGCUGAGCGCCUUUGACGGCGAGCAUCGCAGCUGCCGCGAGCGCCUGCUGCGACACGCUGGCCGCCGCCGCCGGCAGUCCUUUCUCAAUAGCAUCUCUAAUCGUGCCCUGGGCCGCAGCAGCGAUGAAGACUCGCAUGGCACGCCAGGCACAUCCAAGUCAGGUUGGUGGCCUGGGGUGGUCCCUGUGAGUGCAUCGUGA